GGUGACCAGAUCUUGUAGUCUUCAAUGUAUUUAGAUAAUCGCAAGCAGCGUUGAGUGUAUACUGGCAAAACAUCAUAGACAAAAUGUCUUUUUGCUCUUUUUUUGGCAAAGAAUAUUACAAGGACCAUUUCAAAACAGGAAUAUACGCCUGUUCCCAGUGUGCGCAUCCUUUGUUUAAUAGUAGAUCUAAAUAUGCCCACUCUUCACCAUGGCCUGCCUUCACAGAAACAAUCCGCGAAGACAGUGUGACUAAACACAUGGAGAGUCUCACAGCCUUCAAGGUUCUGUGUGGCAAGUGUGGGAAUGGACUAGGCCAUGAAUUUGUCGGUGAUGGGCCGGAGGAUGGCGCGUCACGGUUCUGAAUAUUCAGCCACUCGCUGAAGUUCGUCCCUAAAGACAAGGUUGACGGACAGUAAAGCGAGGCUGACAUCCAAUGUUGCUGUUGCUCGUACAAGUCUGUGGAAGGGAUGAAUGCCUUAUGAUGUGGAUUGGGAAAAGGCCUAACGUGCCAUCCUGUUCACUGAUGUUUUUGUGUUCAUCUUGAAAACAGAAAGAGUUUUAUUUUCAUACAUUUGCAGACUAGCAUGUUGAAAAUAUCAUGGUAGGUGAGAGCCGGGGUCCGCUAGAAUCGAUAGGUUGGUUUGUUUUUUUAUGUGAAAGCUGUUUUCCGAACUUGGGUGCACACCAAGGGACCGAAAUGGUCCAAGUUACCAGAGUUCUUCAGACAAUUGGGGGUCUGGGGUACUGGGGGAUACAGCUAGCAUCAUUGUUGGCGGAGUAAAAAUAACCAAACAAACAGAUGAAGAAAAGAAAAAAACAGAUACGAUGUGGCUUUCUGUUUUUUCUCCUUUACUUUGCAUUGUUGCUUAACAAUGUUGGUAUAUAGAAGUGCUUAAGUGAAAGGAGACCAGCAGGGGGCAGGAGGGAGAAUAAUUGCACUCGGCUUCGGACCAGCAAAACAGACAAAAUCUAAAGUUUAACAAUGAGUGUAUAUUUUCACAUAGUUUAUGUAAGAACUUAUUUUGCAUAAUUACAUUUUAAAUCUCAGACUGACAGAAUCAUGUAAGAGCCAAAGAGAUUGGUGGUAAGCUCCUAUGCAUAAAAUACACAUAUGUUUCACAGUAAAGAUCAUUCUCAGCAAUAAGGACAUUUUGCUAAAUUCCAUAAGCAUUGAAUUUGUUUUAGUUUAAUUUGUGUUUUAUGCAUCAAUACAUUAAUAAAUUACUAUCUCUGAUCUACAAAA